GCACGCACACAGGAGAGAGGCGGAGAAAGAGGAGAUACACUCCUCAAGAAUGUAUACGCAGGGCAAGCUCGUGCCUACUUUACACACGAGGGAGGGGAAGAGAGAGGAGACCCUCUCUCUCUCUCUCUCUCGCUGAGCUCUGCUAGUGGCGGUAGAUCUGGAAGCUCUCCCCACCUGGUGGUCGCGCAUGCGCUCGGUCAAAUUGGGACACAGAACCUCACAGAGAGGCACGCAUUCACGCAAAGAAAAACGAAGGACCGCACUUCGCACGCCGACACUGACACCAGUAGGAGGAGGAAACGAUACAUAAGGCAGCGAUGGCGGGGGCCAUGACGACAGGGGCUGCCUUUGGUGGGACGAUGGGAAUGUCCUCUCUCUCUAGGCUGGAAGACUUGGGGUAUGGGUCAGCUGGCCACAAUGUGAAGGGGCUGGGCCUUUCUGGCUGCACGAAUAGGAGUACGCCAUACCAAAGGCUAAGUGGCACGGCUUCUUCCACCUCCUCCUGUCGGGAUUCUCCCCCCCCCUCCUCCUCCUCCUCCACCUCCUCCUCCUCCACCUCCUCCUCCUCUUCCCUUAAUUGGCUUCCGACGAAAGUGAGGCGGCACCAAAGAGACUUGGUGUGUGCGGCAGUGGCGACGCCAGAGGGUUGUGUGAUCGACGCAGCUUCGGUGUCGAUCGAGGCCUCUGAGACUCGGGUGAGGCUCGGGUCCUCCGACGUGGAAGUCCCGCAGCUGGGGAUCGGUUCUUGGGCCUGGGGCGAUCGCUUCUUCUGGAAUGAUGGCCAGUGGGACGACAAAAAGGUCAAGGGAGUCAAACAGGCCUUCGAGGCGGCGAUGGACUCGGGGAUCCCGUUCUUCGACACGGCAGAGCUUUAUGGGAGAACCAUGAUCGGGCAGGAAGAAUCGGAGAGUCUUCUUGGAAGGUUCAUUAGGGAGAGGAAGCGCGCCAAAGCUCGUUCUCAGCAGUACGGCAACGCAAACCAGAUAGGAGAGAAGGAGCAGGAGCAGGAGAAGAACCAGAUAGGAGAGGAGGACCAGGAGCAGGAGAAGGAGCAGGAGAAGGAGAAGGUAUUCAUCGCUACCAAAUUCUCGCCUUUUCCAUGGCGGCUAGGUCGUCAAGCAGUUGUGAAUGCGGCUAAGGGGUCGCUCGCUCGGCUAGGAGUCGAGAGAAUCGACCUGUACCAGCUGCAUUGGCCAGGACAGUGGCAGAACGAAGCUUAUUGGGAUGGCCUCGCUGACGUUGUGGAGGCAGGUUUGGUGAGAGCCGUUGGCGUGUCUAACUACAACGCGAAGAGGAUGAGAGAGGCGCAUGCUGUGCUGGCGAAGCGUGGCAUUCCCUUGGCCUCUAAUCAAGUCCACUACAACCUGCUGUACCGAACACCAGAGACCUCGGGAGUAAAGGCUGCGUGCGACGAGCUGGGCAUCACGCUCAUCGCCUAUUCGCCCAUAGCUCACGGGGUGCUGAGUGGCAAGUACACGGCGGACAGACCGCCGGCCUCAGGCUUCAGAGUAUCGACCUUUCCGCCAGAGUACCUUAGGAAGGCCGCUCCUUUGCUUGCCAGAUUGACGACGCUUGGUGAGGAGUACGGCAAGACUCCCACGCAAGUCGCUCUCAAUUGGCUUGUCGUUCAGGGGAACGUAGUGCCGAUCCCCGGGGCGAAGACCGCAGAGCAGGCAAAGGAAUUCGCCGGAGCACUCGGGUGGCGAAUGACACCUCAACAUGUCGCCGAGCUCAGACAACUUGCUCAGCCGGUCCCGCGCUAUCCGGGAUUACCUGUCGAGCGGGUGCAUCAUAACUGGCUGAGAGAUCGUUGGAAGGCCACACUGACCAAUCAGUCAGUGGCAUGUCAUUCGAUUCCUCGUGUUAUAGGUGAGAAACGCUCCUUGCAGUCCCGACGUUAAGGAGAACACCCUUUCCAGCCCUUACGUUUAACUUAGCCAAACGGGAGCAAACGGGAGCAAACGGGAGCAAACGGGAGCAAACGGGAGCAAACGGAGCAAACGGGAGCAAACGGGAGCAAACGGGAAAAAAACUAGGGGGAAAAAAACUACCGGGAAAAGACGGCGACAUGAGGAAUGGUGAACUGGACAGUGGAGUUUCCUUGCAAGCGGCAGCCUGCAGGUAGCGAACAGUGUCUUAGAGUUCAGCGGGGUGUUGUAGACUGGGUCUCCGCAGUGCAGUGCAGUGUCCUUGCAGUGCCAAAGAGAUUACGACCAGCAAGGGGAGUAGUACUGAUGGUAAAUCAAUGAAGAUCGAACUCGACACCUCUGAAUCCUUGGGGGUGUUCCAAUCUGAACUCGGGCGCAACAUGAUGGGAGCGUAAAACUGUUGGCCAUUUGAUUAUUGAUCAUUUGUUAUUAAGUUCACCCCCAGGGCAACUUGGGGUACCGAAUGCUGGGCGUAAAAUUGUUGGCCAUUUGAUUAUUUAAUUUACUGUAGUCAUUUGUUGUCGAGUUCACUCCCAGGGCAACUUGGGGUAAUGAAUGGUGGCGGGAUGA